UCACGACUAUCUCUGAGUUUAAUUUAUAGUUCAAUGUUGACCAUUUGUAUAGUUUAAAACAUGAUCUUGCUGGUGUUGACUGUGUUUUCCAGCUUUUUCUCAGCAGCUUGGGCUGAUGGAUUGUACUUUACGUACGGCCUGGGCGUCGAGCAAUGGGGCAUGAUCAGCAAGUACUGCGACGGACAACGGCAGAGUCCCAUCGAUUUGGAUACCUCGAUCGCGAAGAACGUCACCGAGCCAAAGCGGUUGCAGCUGGUCAACGCGGCGGUGAAUCCCACCAAGGUUACGGUGAAAAAUAACGGAAUCACUGUCGCCUUCGCCCUAACUUACCCUCCGUCGAAGCAACUAGUUUUGCGAGGUGGUCCGCUGGAAGGGGAGUUCAAAUUCGCCGGACUUCACUUCCACUGGGGCUGUGAGCACUCAGAGGACCAUCAGCGGCACCCCAUGGAGAUGCACUUGGUGUUCUACAACCAGGACUACAAAUCGGUGGACGAAGCUCAGUUCCAGGAGAACGGACUCGCCGUGCUCGGGUACUUCUUCGCCAACAGUACCAAAGCUAAGAACCAGCGCUGGAUAGACUCGUUGCAGAGCAUCAAGAAAACGGGCUCCAGCUACACCUUUGUCCAUCCCCAGUACAUGAACAUUGCGAAGCUGGUGGGAAGUGACCUCAGGCCGUACUUUUCCUACGACGGAAGUCUGACGACGCCACCGUGCUACGAAACGGUCACGUGGCUUGUCCACCGAGAACCUCUGCUGAUCACCAACAAACAGCUCAAGUUGUUUCAAUCGCUGCGGGGGAAAUUCGGCUACAUGAGGGAUAACUACAGGCCGAUACAGACGUUGAACGAUCGGGAGAUAACGUUGUAUCACUAAAGGACGGAAAUAAACUGACAUGUUGUAGGACAUUCUCACAA